UUCUGCGCCACUCGCAGCCACGCGGCUGUCAGGACAGCAGGUCCAGGAGGGGCCGGGCCCGAGGUGGGCGGGGCGCUGGGCCGCCCGGCUCCACGCGGCUUUGGCGAGCGCAUUCCCAGCUCUCCGGCCCCAGGCGGAGGAGCGCCCUGGCUGAGUCCUCGGUCCCCGCUGGGCUAGGGGAUCGGCCUGGCAGGAGCUAGGACCAGGGACACAGAAGACCCAGGAAGGCCAUCAGUGGAAAGCCCAGCCUGGGCCCCAUGAGCAACAGGAAGAAGAUGCAGUUGCUGCUGGUCCUGUUGGGGGUCCUCCUGGGAGCACCCUGGGCUCCAGCUUUGUCCUUUGAGACCUCUGAGGAAAUGGAGCUGGAGCCCUGCCUGGCCCCCAGCCCGGAGCAGCCAGAACAGGAGCUGACGGUGGUCCUUGGGCAGCCUGUGCAGUUAUGCUGUGGGAAGGCUGAGCGUGGUGGCCACUGGUACAAAGAGGGCAGUCGCCUGGCACCUGCUGGCCGGGUACGAGGCUGGAGGGGCCGCUUGGAGAUCGCCAGCUUCCUACCCGAGGAUGUUGGGCACUACCUCUGCCUGGCACGAGGCUCCCUGUUCGUCCUGCACAAUGUCACGUUGGUUAUGGAUGACUCCUUGACCUCCAACAAUGGUGAUGAGGAACACAAUGGCCCUUCAAAUAGGCAUGUUUACCCAGAGCAUGCACCCUACUGGACACACCCCCAGCGCAUGGAGAAGAAACUGCAUGCAGUGCCUGCUGGGAACACCGUCAAGUUCCGCUGUCCAGCGGCAGGAAACCCCACGCCCACGAUCCGCUGGCUCAAAGAUGGGCAGGACUUUCACGGGGAGCAUCGCAUUGGAGGCGUUCGGCUGCGCCAUCAGCACUGGAGCCUGGUGAUGGAAAGCGUGGUGCCCUCAGAUCGUGGCACAUACACCUGCCUUGUGGAGAAUCCGGUGGGCAGCAUCCGCUACAGUUAUCUGCUGGACGUGCUGGAGCGGUCCCCGCACCGGCCCAUCCUGCAGGCAGGGCUCCCGGCCAAUACCACAGCGGUAGUGGGCAGUGACGUGGAGCUGCUAUGCAAGGUGUACAGUGACGCCCAGCCUCACAUCCAGUGGCUGAAGCACAUUGUCAUCAACGGCAGCAACUUCGGUGCCGACGGCUUCCCUUAUGUGCAAGUCUUGAAGACAACAGACAUCAAUAGCUCAGAGGUAGAGGUCCUAUACCUUCGUAACGUGUCGGCCGAGGACGCAGGCGAGUACACCUGUCUGGCAGGCAACUCCAUUGGCCUCUCCUACCAGUCGGCCUGGCUCACUGUGCUGCCAGAGGAGGACCUCACAUGGACAGCAACAGCGCCCGAUGCUAGGUACACAGACAUCAUCCUGUACGCGGCGGGCUCUCUGGUGUUAGUGGUGCUCCUGCUGCUGGCCGGCCUGUAUCGCCGACAGGUGCUGCACGGUCGGCACUCCCGGCAGCCCGCCAUGGUGCAGAAGCUGUCCCGCUUCCCUCUGGCCCGACAGUUCUCCCUGGAGUCAGGCUCCUCAGCCAAGUCAAGCUCGUCCCUGGUGCGGGGCGUCCGUCUUUCCUCCAGCGGCCCCCCCUUGCUUGCUGGCCUCGUGAGUCUAGACCUCCCUCUGGACCCGCAGUGGGAGUUCCCCCGGGACAGGCUGGUGCUUGGGAAGCCCCUGGGCGAGGGCUGCUUUGGGCAGGUGGUGCGUGCAGAGGCCUUAGGCAUGGACCCGGCCCAGCCUGACCAAGCCAGCACCGUGGCUGUCAAGAUGCUCAAGGACAACGCCUCUGACAAGGACUUGGCAGAUCUGGUCUCUGAGAUGGAAGUGAUGAAGCUGAUCGGUCAACACAAAAAUAUUAUUAACCUGCUGGGUGUCUGCACCCAAGAAGGCCCCCUGUACGUGAUUGUGGAGUGUGCUGCCAAGGGAAACCUGCGGGAGUUCCUGCGGGCCCGGCGCCCCCCGGGCCCCGACCUCAGCCCCGAUGGGCCUCGGAGCAGUGAGGGGCCGCUCUCCUUCCCUGCCCUGGUCUCCUGCGCCUACCAGGUGGCCCGAGGCAUGCAGUACCUGGAGUCUCGAAAGUGCAUCCACCGAGACCUGGCUGCCCGUAACGUGCUGGUGACAGAGGACAAUGUGAUGAAGAUCGCUGACUUUGGACUGGCCAGAGGCGUCCACCACAUUGACUACUACAAGAAAACCAGCAACGGCCGCCUGCCUGUCAAGUGGAUGGCACCAGAGGCCUUGUUUGACCGAGUCUACACACACCAGAGUGAUGUGUGGUCAUUCGGGAUCCUGCUGUGGGAGAUCUUCACCCUUGGGGGCUCCCCAUACCCUGGCAUCCCCGUGGAGGAACUGUUCUCACUGCUGCGGGAGGGGCAUCGGAUGGACCGGCCCCCGAACUGCCCUCCAGAGCUGUAUGGGCUGAUGCGUGAGUGCUGGCAUGCGGCGCCCUCUCAGAGGCCCACUUUCAAGCAGCUGGUGGAGGCACUGGACAAGGUCCUGCUGGCCAUCUCUGAGGAGUACCUGGACCUCCGCCUGACCUUUGGACCCUACUCCCCAGCCGGUGGGGACGCCAGCAGCACCUGCUCCUCCAGUGACUCUGUCUUCAGCCAUGACCCCCUGCCCCUGGGGCCCAGUUCCUUCCCCUGUCCUGGGGUGCAGACUUGAGCAGGAGCAGGAGGUUGUACAGGCAGGACAUCCAGCAGCCUUGGGCCUCCUGGCUCUGUUGCAGCCUGGUGGUGCUUGAUCUUGGCAGCCCCAGUCCAACUUUAGGGUCCUGUCCAAGGUCUCUGGUUUUGCUUUGGGGAGGUCUGUCCUUGGUCCUGGGGUCCCUAGUUGAGGCUUCUGGCUCUGGUUUUGGGUUCCCAACUCAGAAUUCAACCCUAGUCUCAAGGUCCAGUCCUUGCCCUGGGAGUCAUGGCCCGAGCAUUCUAAUAGCCUGAAUAUAGGGCUCUGCUUGGCAUCUGGGCCUUGACACUUGAUCCUGAUUUCAGGAGUUUGGCUGAACCUGGCUACAGAGCCUAGAACCUCCCUACUUCCCUACACCAAGAGAGAUCUUGGGCCUCUGAACCCCCUUUCCUCAGGUUGCCCCCCACUCCCCCUUUGCUGCUUGUCCCAGCAUCUUGGUGGAAGGAGCUUGGCCCCUGUGCUCCUAGCUGACGCUGGAAGCCUGCCGAAAACACAGAAGCAAGUGGCCUUUUAUAAAUUAUUAUUUUGAAAUAAAUCUCAUUG